UACUCCUGCAUCACACAUCCCAAGAAGGACUUUUAUCCCCUCCCCCUUCCAUUUUGUAUAUAUAAACAAGUGCAUCACCACUCUGCUCUUCUGUCCGCACCUUCCCUCCAUUUCUCACGCACCAUCUUCAUAUUCCAUAUCCAAGAAACCACCAAGAACCUCCGGCCAUGCCGAGCGACGAACCGGAGCCGCUGGCGGUGAUGCCGUUCGAGCUCCAAGCCGGCCCGGCGCCGCCGCCGGCCAGGAGCGGCGGCAGCAAGAUGCACCGGCUGCUCAGGUCGGCCUUCAAGCGCGGGGAUUCGACCUCCGCGGGUAGCGGGGAGGAGGCGGACCAGCUGAGCCGGUCGGCGUCCGGGUCGUCGUCCUCGGCGGCGAGCAGUGGCCGCCCGCCGUCCGGGAGGCGGGUCGGGCGGCGCGGCGGCGACGGAUCCAUCGACGGAGACCGGUCCAGCCGCGAGAGCUUCGAGCUCGAUGGUUCCAAGAACAGCAAGUUGCUGUCGGCACUGCGCGACGCGAAGAUCGGUCAUGCGUACGAGCCGUUCCCGUGGGAGAAGAAGAUGAGGGAGCUGCUCCUGGUGCCGGAGGCGAGCUGCUUCCUGUCCCUGCUGCUGCUGCCCAAGGCGACGGACGUGUCCAACACGCGGUACAACACCCUGGAGGACACCCUGGCGCGCGCCGACGCGUGGCUCCGGUCGUCGCAGGCCUCCGGCGUGCCCAUCGUGUUCAUGAACGUGCAGACGGAGGCGCUGCUGACAAAGAUCUCCGGCGAGACGGCGCUGUCGACGGUAAACAUGGGCUCGCUGUCGGACCUGGGGGGGAUGGCGAACGCGAGCCUGUACGGGUUCGAGGACUACCACGGCGUGGACAUCGGCGUGGUGCGCGCCGUGCGGCUGUGGUACACGGCGGCGGCGGGCGAGGCGGCGCUGGAGCUGCGGCUGCGCCCCGGCGACACGCGGCUGGGGUUCGCCAUCAGCCGCACCGAGGAAGGGUUCAUCUACGUGUCGUCGGUGGCGGAGGAGGGCACGCCGGGCGCGGCGUCGGCGCGGUCGGGGCUCCUGGAGCUGCACCGCGCUGCGCGCGCGGCGUCGAAGCUGCUGGUGGUGUCCCGCGUGGGCGGCGAGAAGGUGCUGCCCUGGAUGGCGUCCACGGCCGGGGACGUCAAGUGCUUUGACACCGUGUCGCUGAGCCAGAAGCUGUCGCUGCACCGCCACGCGCUCCGCCCCAUCACGCUGCACUUCCUCAUGUGGGACCACGACCUGGCCGCGGCGCUGCCCGGGGACGCCGAGAAGCCGCCGCUGCCGGUGCUCCUGCUGCCGUCGCCGCUCGCUGUGGCGGAGGCUAAGGCCGACGAGAUCGACGGCGACGACGGGCCGGGGAUCGCCAGCAAGGACUCGAGGGACGACUCAUUCAGGUUCCAGAACAUCGGCCUCCCUGAUAGCUGGUUGUGAAUCACGUCGCCGAAGUAGUAAUAUGCACCACUGCAUGUUUCUUUUCUUUUCUUUAAACAAGAUUAGAACUGUUAAUUAUGUAAGCAUGAUGAUGGUAGUAAUCAAGUGAGCAUGCAUCAUCCCAAGAGUUGGUAUUUUUUUC